CCCAGGUCCCCCACAACAUCAACUUCCGGGAGCGGAAGCCGAAGCCCUCCAAGAAGAAGCCGGAGGCUCCUGGGGUUCCCGAGGAGCCGGGGGGCCCCCGCGCGCGCGUCGCUCGCUUCCGUUACUUCGAGGACAUCUACGGCUACUCCGGGGUGUUCAUCUGCGGGCCGUGCCCCCAUUGGCUGCUGGUGACGAGCCGGGGGGCGCUGCGCCUGCACCCCAUGACCAUCGAUGGCGCCGUCGAGUCCUUCGCCCCCUUCCACAACGUCAACUGCCCCAAGGGCUUCCUCUACUUCAACCGGCAGGGCGAGCUCCGCAUCAGCGUCCUCCCCGCGUGCCUCUCGUACGACGCGCCCUGGCCCGUGCGCAAGAUCCCCCUGCGCUGCACCGCGCACUACGUGGCCUAUCACGUGGAGUCCAAGGUGUACGCGGUGGCCACGAGCGUCAUCAACCCCUGCACCCGCAUCCCGCGCAUGACGGGGGAGGAGAAGGAGUUCGAGAGCAUCGAGCGUGGUGGGGACCCCCCCUUGGACCCCCCCCUUUGGGACCCCCCCCCCUUUGGGAUCCCCCCUUGGACCCCCCCUUUGGGACCCCCCCCCAGGACCCCCCUUUGGACCCCCCCCAGACCCCCCCUUUGGAACCCCCCCUU